AAUUUACCAUGCACACAUUACAAGACGGCCAACCGAAGAAGAUUCAACAUGGCGAGCCGACGUUUCUUCGCUGUCAAACUCGUAGUGUUUUAUCUUGCAGUGCUGGCAUUUUAUACCAGUGCUCAAGAGUGCAACCAGCAAUCCUUCGGAUCUGACAGCUUCGUGUGCGUGUGCAGCGGCAGCAGCUGCGACUACAUAGGCGAUGUGCCGCCUCCGGCCGACACGUCCUCCUUCACCAUCGUCUCGUCCAGCAAGGACAGCGACAGAUUCGCUGUCGGUUUAGGGACCAUGGACUCCCUACAGAACAGUGGUGUGACCAUCACUGUCGACCCAAGCGUUCGCUACCAGACGAUGAUGGGGUUCGGAGGCGCCUUCACGGACUCGACGGGCUUCAACGUAGCGAAGCUCAGCGCCGAGACGCAGGAAUCGUUGUUGCGCUCCUACUUCGCUCCUGAAGGCAUCCGUUACAGCCUCUGUCGCGUGCCCAUCGCGGGGUCGGACUUCUCCACCAGGCCUUACUCCUACGAUGACGUCCCUGGCGACGUCAACCUCGACAACUUCGCCCUCGCCGAAGAAGAUUACUUGUACAAGCUGCCGUUCAUGAAGAGGGCCUUGGAGUUGGUGAGCGGAACGUCCGACCUGAAAUUCUUCGGCUCGCCGUGGGCGCCGCCGGCGUGGAUGAAAACAAAUGGCAUGGCGAACGGCUCAGGCAGUCUGCUGACAGAGAUGUGGGGCCCUUAUUCCAACUACUUGGUCAAGUUCAUCUCUGCAUAUGAGGAAGAGGGAGUCCCGAUAUGGGGCAUUACCACACAAAAUGAACCAAUGACGGGAUUUUCAGAUUGGCCGUGGAACACGUGCGCCUGGACAGCGGAAGAUCAGCGCGACUGGAUCAAGACAAACCUCGGUCCAGCAUUCGUAGACGCCGGGUACGACGACGUCAAAAUAAUGGUGCUGGACCACAACCGGGAGUUCCUGCCUGACUAUCCUGCGGCCAUACUGGAAGACCCAGAGACAUACAAGUACGUUGACGGCAUCGCAGUUCACUGGUACUCCGACAACAACGACUACCCCGACAGACUGACCAGCACCCACGACCUCUUCCCCGACAAGUUCUUGCUAUACACCGAGUCUUGUGAAGGAUGGAAUGCUGCUCCCGGUAACAGAGUGGAGCUUGGCAGCUGGCAGAGAGCACAAAAUUACGUUGUGAACAUCAUUGACGACGUAACUCACUAUUCGACGGGAUGGGUUGACUGGAACAUGGCUCUAGACCAGGAGGGCGGGCCGAACUGGGUCAGCAACUUUGUGGACUCCCCUGUCAUCGUCAACGCUGCGGAAGACACUUUCUACAAACAGCCCAUGUUCUACGCCAUGGGACAUUUCAGUAGAUUUGUUCUCCCUGGAGACGUGGCCGUCGAUAGAUCCAUCUCGGACGAAAGUCAAAUCAGAGCGGCGACAUUCGUGAAGCCUGACGGUACUGUCGUGGCUGUCAUCCUGAACAUGGCUGAGGAAGUGGUGCCGGUCUCCAUCCAGCCCAGCGUAGGCGCGGACUUUUACGCCAACCUGAUGGUGCCCGGCAAGUCCCUGCACACGCUGCUCUUCGCCGUCUGAGUCUGCACGAAUAUUGUGCUUGCAGUUUAUUUUGGCCAAAAAGACAG